CGCGUGUACGUGAAGUGUACUAUUAACGCGAUCGGCAAUUGUAGGUGUUGGUGGUUUAGUGGCGGUUUAGUUCCAACAAAAAAAACAUAAACAGUUCACAAAACAUAAAAACAAUAAAAUACUAAAAUUUUCCCCAUUUCACGAAAAACGCGUGCCAAAAAAAGAGGUGGGAAGCGAAAGGAAUUUGUCACGCAACCUCCCGUUCGACAACGGUUGGAAAAAUUGUCCCCAUUUGCAGUGUGUACGAGAGUGUGUGUGUGCGCGCGCGCGCGGUCGAUUGCAAUUGCCAGUUGCCAGUUGUCGUUCGGGUUGAGCUGCUGCCGUUGAUGAGUGUGUGCCGGUGAAGAAGUUGCUGGAGCUUACCCCCGGUGCAGUGAUUACGGCGCGUACAGCAACAGGUGGAAGGCAGAUCAGUGUACCCAGCACCAGUGACUGCUUGGACGUCCGGUCAAGCAGAGAUUUGAAUGACGAGUAGUGCACGAUAAGGUUGCACGGUUGCACGGUUUCCUGCAGCAGCAGCAGCAGCACCACUGCCCACCCCCCUAUAACGGAUCGCCUGAACGGACUCAAUGCUGACAACGAAAGCCAAAAUGAAGCUACUAAAAUCGAGUCUGGUCGAGUGCAGCAGUGGUCACCUGGUGGCAGUGCUCUUUACUGUGCUAUUGCCGUUGGUUCGAGCACAGGAUUAUGAUGUGACGGACAUACAGUGCUCGUUCGCAUCGCAGGGCUCCAACCUGGGCGACAUUAUAACGGCAAAGCUGAAGAAACCGAUCGGCUUCAAGGGGGCGCCCCUGUUCGCGGACGACCGGGCCGUGAAUCCGGAAGCCGAUUUUGCCUGCUCCAUCAAGCAAGAUCGUAAAGACGUGAGCGAGCUGGCGUACGAUCUGAAGAUUACCGAUUUCUCACGGUGCGGUGUGCUAAAACGAAACGGGUUCGUGCACGUCCGUAUCUGGUUCCCGCAGUUUCCAUCGGUGGUAAUGCAAUCCGAUCAGGAACUGAUCAUCAUGUGUAAGCCGCCGGAACCGACCGUUAUCCAGAACAAGGCUGCCGGAUUCGCGGGAAGUUUCCCACACGGUGCACGCGUUUCGGGCGUGGUAGAGGAAACACCGGGCCGACUGGAGUACGAGGUCGCGCUGUACAAGGAGGCGCCGCCGAUCGCUCGCAUCAGCGGCAAUCUGGCUGGGCUGAAGAACCAUUCGGCCACCUCGCUGCCGGCGGUGACCAACAACGAAGUUCCGGUCGAUCAGGCCGUCCCGAUCGGUACGAAGCUGCAGCUGCGGGCCCGCAUCAGCUCCCAGAGCGUGUGGAAGUACGUGAAGCUGAUGGAGGUAACGGUUUCGCCCGAUCCGGACGAUCCGCACGCGCAAGGAUCGGUUUCGCUGGUGCGGGACGGUUGCCGGAACCGGGACUUUGCGUCGAUCAUACCGCACCAGCCGGCCCGCUAUCGCGACAAGCCGAACGAGGUGUUUCUCGACUUUGAAGCGUUCCUGCUGAGCUCGAUGAAGGAGCGGAGCACGCUGUGGAUCCAUUCGCAGAUUAAGGCGUGCAUGGAUGCGAUGGACUGUCAGCCGGACUUUUGUCUGGAUAUGUACGAACCGUCCAAGAGACUUGGCAGAAGACGGCGCGAUGAGCAGUCCCGGAACCGUACCGAGUACACCAAGUUUAAGGAAAACAUUGAAUAUACGGUCAUAAUGCCGGGAGAGUACGAUGAUGCGCUGCGCUACCAGCAGAACCCGGAGCAGUGCAAGAAUUUUGUUGUCAUUUCGGGCCUUCUAGCGGCACUGCUGGCACUUUCCACCGUGAUAACAUGUGGACUGGCAUCGCGCAUGCAAGGCAGCGGCAAGAAGAGCAUCGAUGAGCUAAACGCGAAGGGUUACUCUGGGCGGGCGAUUGUCCAGUAACUUGCGGCACGCAUCUUCACUUAAGACACACUUUUACGAAUGCUUCUGUCGCGCAUCUGGAGGACUUUAAAAAACAACCACUCGUUACGCACGGUACGAGACGUCACCAAACGAAAGCUUAAUCAAAGACACGAAUGGAACUCGAGUUGCAAUAUUUAGUAUCAUUACUUCCUUUAGUUUUUGUUUGAUUGUGUUUUUCGCUUCCUCUUCCAACCUUAGCGUUACUUUUGCAAAGUAGUUUUUAGCAUUAUAGAGAGUAGGUGCAGUAGCUGCAUUUCUACUAAAAGAAAGAAAACUAGACAGCACUUGCGAGUAGUUGUUAAUCGAUCGAUUGAUUAAGCCUGAUUUUUAAAAGAACAUUCCUUCACUACACACGGCGGUGAGCAACAAUAAAACUCCACCCCGUUUUGGGGUGCUUUUGCUUUUAAAGGUUAGGCUUACCAACGGAACGUCGAACAAAGUAAUUAGUAGUAUUACGACAAACUUAGACUGCAUUUCACGAAUAGUAUUAGAAACCGUUUUAUACUACCGAUUAGAGCGAGCUGGUGAGGUGUAUUUAUUGUGCAUUUAAGCGCGCUGAUGUGACGCGGAUGAUUUAGUUCUAUUGAAUCAUCCCUUGCAGGUCGAUACAGCUCGACCGCAAUUGGUUUAAGCUGACUUUUUUGAGCUGCAUGAGAGGCAAAUUGGGUUCUAAGAGGGUAACCGUCAACGGAUCCCUGAACGAAUCUGUUUUAUGCUAGAAAUAAAAUUAAAACUUCCCUGUCUGAAUAGAA